AUGAAUAAAAACAGCAGAUUUUCUAGUUUUAUUGAUAUACAACACAUGUUUUUCUUUGAAGUCAGCCUUGGGGUUAUGGCCAACACUGCCCUGCUUCUCUUUCAUGUCCUCACAUUCCUUCUGCAGCGCAAGCCCAAGACCACUGAUCUGACCAUCGGUCACUUGGCCCUUAUCCACAUAGUGAUGCUCCUAACUGUGGGCUUCAUAGCUAUGGACAUAUUUGGGUUUCAGGACUUAGGGGAUGGCAUCACAUGUAAAUGUGUUUUCUAUUUGUACAGGGUGAUGAGGGGCCUCUCCAUCUGUACCACCUGCAUGCUGAGUGUCCUCCAGGCCAUCACCCUCAGCCCCAGAAGCUCCUGUUUGGCAAAGUUCAAACAGAAAUCUCUGCAUCGGAACCUGUGUUGCUUUUGCUUUUUAUGGGUCUUCAAUAUGCUCAUCAGUGGUCGUUUCUUAAUCUCCACUGUUGCCACUCUCAAUGUGACCUCACACAGUCUCAUGUUUGUCACUAAAUCCUGCUCCCUUUUGCCUAUCAGUUCCUUCCUCAAGUACAUGUCCUUGUCACUGAUGAUUUCCCAGCAUAUAUCGUUUAUAGGGAUCAUGGCGCUCUCAAGUGGGUACAUGGUGAUUCUCUUGUGCAAGCAUGAAAGACAAUCCCAGCGUCUGCACUGCAUCAGCCUAGCUCCAAAAACAUCCCCAGAACAAAAGGCCACCUGGACUAUUUUGUUGCUCAUGAGUUUCUUUAUUGUCAUGUACAUUUUGGACAGUGUUAUUGAGUACACCUCGGCCAUGUUGUGGAGCUAUGACCCAGUUCGUCAUUGUGUCCAGAUGCUGAUUGGCAAUGGCUAUGCCACAGUCAGUCCCCUGGUGCUCAUCAGUACCGAAAGACGAUUCAUCAAGUUGCUGAGGAAUCUC